AGUCAAGCAAGGCCAAACAGUCAAACGGUGCGGAUUUGUGGAGGGAGCAAAGUGCAGCAGAGAAAGAAAGGAAGACGACGAUGAUCGAGAAUCUCACCGAGGAACAGAUUGCUGAGUUCAAGGAGGCUUUCAGCCUCUUCGACAAGGACGGCGAUGGUUGCAUCACUAUCAAAGAGUUGGGGACGGUGAUGAGAUCUCUGGGACAAAGUCCCUCUGAAGCUGAAUUAAGAGAUAUGAUCAAUGAGGUUGAUGCAGAUCAAAAUGGAACCAUUGAUUUUCCUGAGUUUUUGAACUUGAUGUCUCGCAAAAUGAAGGAUACUGAUUCUGAUGAAGAAUUGAAAGAAGCUUUUAAGGUCUUUGAUAAAGAUCAAAACGGCUAUAUUUCAGCUGCUGAGCUUCGACAUGUGAUGACAAAUCUUGGGGAGAAACUGACUGAUGAAGAAGUGGAUGAUAUGAUUCGAGAAGCAGACAUCGAUGGUGAUGGUCAGGUGAACUAUGAGGAGUUUGUUCGAAUGAUGCUAGCUAAGUGAUGGGACUUUUAUAUUGUCAAUGUUGUAUGGAUAUCGAAUGCUGUUGGUUUAAUUGGUGUUACGACUUUUGGCCACUGUUCGUAAAAGAAGCAGUUACAAAUUCUGUCAAUAUUAAUUUUCUGUGCUUUGAAUUUGUUACUUUUGGAGCAUGGGUGAAAUAUUAUGUCCUUGCAUCAUAUCAAUGAUGUUUAUAUUAGGAGCUGAGGAUCAUUCUGGCAA